AUGAAUAAAGUGGGGAGCACCAACUCGGGAGUAGAGGGGGAAGAAAAAGACGGAAAUGAUGGCAGCGACAAAGGUGACCACAACACUGGGGACGAGCAUAGUGCGAAAAGUGAACAAUCUGGGGAAAAUGUCUUACGUGAAAAGACUCAGCAGAAUUGUUCCGAGAAGGAAUCCGAAGAAGGCACCCCAAAUGAUGCCCCAAAUGAUGUCCCAAAUGAUGUCCCAAAUGAUGCCCCAAAGGAUGUGGACAACUCGCACGGAGAAGAAGAACUAAAGCUAAGUCGAGCAGAAAGCGACACCAUCGAAAAAAGCAGAGAAGAACCAAAUGCGCAAGGUAGCAAAAUAUCCACAACGUCAGUAGACGAGGAAAAAGAAGAACACGAAAUAAACAUUAUUGCAAGUACGGGCGAUGAUUAUACAGUUCAUGAGAAGCCACCAAGCAUUGUGAGGGGAGAAAGCGAAAAAGAUAGAGGAAAAAAAAUAAGACACAAGAGCUUUAAAAGAAACGAUACAUAUAACGAAGCAAAGAAGGGAGAAAUAAACUCUAGCAGAAACAAAAAAAUAAUGAAAGAAAAUUUAAAAGUAGAUAUGCGGGAUUUCUUUUUUACCUCCCAGGAGAAGGAUGUCUACGAAUAUAUUCCAGACACGUCGAACUACGCCAUAUGUCAUAAUGAAGCAAAUGAGUUGUAUAAAGAUGUUGUCACCAUGAAUAAGCAUUUUCUGGACGAAAUAAAUGUUAACAUAUAUUCUUCCCCUCUGGACACCUACUUAUCGAGCAUGCUAGCCGCCGUAAAGGAGGACUCAAAGCAGAGGGAAGUAAAUCCUCUAUUUCGGGCGAAUUCAAAAAGCGAAAAUAGCAAUAACAAUAACAACUUAUCAGAUGAAAAAAAAAAAAAAGAACAGAGCGACAUCCUGGAUGAAAGUCCCAUGAAUAAACCGCUAUAUUCUUACGAGUUUUAUAAAAAUAAAAUUUUUAAGCAUUAUCAUAAUAACGGUUUAGUCAUCGAAGUAGAUCCUGCAAAAUUGAAAUAUAACAACUCCACGCAGUAUGAAUAUGAUCAGAAGGUGUCGACUAAUUUAGAUGACCCCCUGUCUUAUUUACAAAAAUUAAAAUGCGAAGUGGAAGACAUAACUACCUACAUUAAUGAUUUAGCUAAUAGAAAGAGAGAAGCAUACGACCCCGAUAAUCCAUACGAAAAAUUAAACGAAGAUGUAACAGAGCAUGAACAAAUUGUUAAGAAAAUUAUGCAUAACCGUGAGCCACCUGAAAUAUUGCUGGAACUUUUUUCACUAAAAAAUGACAUCGAUGAUAUGAUAAAUGAUGACAAUUUGAGAACACUACUGAAAUCGGAGAAGGCGGAGAAAAUGGCGUCCAAACAGGGGGAUACUACUUCUCUUGAUAAUUGUAAGAGAGAAGUGGUCAGAGAUAUCCUCAACCGGCUACAGAACUGGGAUGAUGUUUACCCGAAAAAAGGAGAACCAACUGAUGAAAAGAACAUCCAAAAGGACACACGGGGGAACUCUUUUCCAAAGCAAGUGAACAUUUACACCCUACAAAAUGGGAAAGAGAAGGAAAUUCAAACUGCUCACCUACUAACGCUAGAAAGAAAAAUUGCAGAUAUUGAAAAGGCCUUAGGGAUAGAUAAAAUGGCCAUGCUUCCAUAUGAUGAUCUGAACCACGCCAUACUGGAUUUAUACAAUAAAUUAAGCCUGCUAGAUUCCAUCAAAUUAGAGAGUGUGAAGAAAAAAAUGCAAAACCUGCAAUCUGAAUUUUUAAACUUAAAAAAAUUCAAAAAAGAUCUUUUGAACAUUUCCAAAGAUCGAGGAAAUUAUGAAGAAUCCAUUGAUGAACUUUUUAAAAUCUUAGAUCUCUGGAAGAAGACUCACCAUAUAAUUCCAAACGUGUUGGCAAGGCUUCACCAACUGAAACGGGUGCAUGACAACGCGCAGUCCUUCUCUUCCAGGCUCGACGAUUUGGAAAAGCAGCAAAGCAAGCUAGACGAAACACUCAGCCUGGCUGAGCAGAACAUCAAACUGAUCAACUCCAAGAUUGACCAGAAUGUCCAUUUCCUGCAAGACACGUUAAGGAAGAUGGAAUCUGAGGGGGGUUCCUUCUCGAAUAACGAGUAA